AAACUACUCGUGGAUUGGUGGAGAUGACAAUUUCAUGUAUCAAAAUCUGUACCAAAGCUAAGAACUCUAUGAACGGAAUGAGCAAGGAGUCCCAGGGCAGAAAUUUUCAAAAUCACUGCGGUCUUUCGACAUGCUGAUCUCCAAGAACACCAAAGGCCAACUUGUGUCUACAUACUGUUUGUCCUCAAGGGUACCAGACACAUGUUCAUGGAUCUGGGACUCAAACUCUUCGGCCUGGGACUCGUAGUUUACUGGCUGUGUGAGUCCCAGGACUCACUACAGGCUUUCAAGAUGGAUCACUGUUCCACGCAUAGCGAGGUGUGAAAGAGUUUACAGUCAAGGUUUUUUAGUGUCUAUGGACAUGAUCAAAGUUGGAAGAGCAGAGAAAGACAAUAGUGUUUUUCAAUGAUUUUGUAUUAUUGUUAGGAAAUAAAUCUAAACCGUUAAUAAUCAGCCACAAUUUCAUACACAAAAUGUGAUUUUGUUGGAUUAUGCAAUCAAAAAUGUCAUGUUUGUAUAGGGAGUGGAUGAUGUAACUUUCAACCUUCAUUUAGGGGUGGGUCUCUCAGUUCUGUGCCAAAUGGAAGGGGUGGGUCAUUUGUUUUCUAACCACCAUAUUUUCAAAUGCUCCCCCCUCCGCAAUCCUUUACUUUUUGACCAUUCUCUUACUUCGUUUAGGGGUCCGGACGAGUGUAAAUGCCCCAUUCAAAGGGUAAGUUAUAUGAAAUGGAUAAUGACAUUGGGAAUUAAUAACGUUACGCCCCACUUACAAAAAAAUAUGACAAAGAUAAAUGAGUUUCCUCCGUUGACACAAUAUUCUCUAACUAAACUUUGGGGAUAAUGCUUAGAUACAUGCGUCAAUUUAACGAAACCAGUGGAGUUUUGCUUACGCCGUAAUGAAAUGUAACACUGCUGAGUAACAUUUAAAGUUAUAGCUAUGUUCCCAAAACUCUCUCGCUUCAAUGAACAAGUUGACGCACAAUGACUUUAUUUAAAUUCAGAAAUGACGCAUUUGUUUGAAUCAAAGUCGAGCAAUUUGCAUCUUACAGUAUGUUAUUACCCGUUCAACCAUGGUACAGUAAAUACUUCACAUUAUUUCACAGGAAUUUAUACUGUUUGGCGCCUACGUUUCAUAAAGCAAAAGAAAGCAUUGAACUGGUGCUCUCCAGAAAGCUGUGCACACGUACCGUGGAAAGAUACGUUUAGUUUAGGCUACAAUAAGCUUCAAACCAUUAUAAAUGCGCUUCAUGUAAACGCCAACCGAGUCACAGAUUGAGUCGCAAAGUGACGUACGCAUUUCACAACCUUGGUGGCCAGGUCACCAGACGGCCAGACGAGCUCUUGCGUGACAAGAAUUCUCCCAAUUAAUGUUUGAGGUCAUCAUGAAGUUUAUGCCUAUGCCGUAACAUUGAGAUGGAAGGAACUCGAGAUUUUGAUGACGCGCCAACAUCAAACACACAGGCUACGAAUUGGCAAGAUGUCUCUCAGAUCAGAAGUAUGAUGUCCAACAUGUACCCUACAACUCAGCAGCCUGGCAGUACGAGUAUAACACAGCCGAACCUGAGAGCAGCACUCAACCAAGACAUGCCUCCUAACCACAUACUGUUGGCUAUACUAAGCACUUUAUUCUGCGCAUGUCCGUGUGGGGUGAUGUCGCUGUGCUAUGCUGUGCAGGUAAAAGAUGAUUUCUUACGAGGAAAUACAGCUGGAGCUCACUAUAACUCGCGACAGGCAUGGAGAUGGGGCAUUGUUUCUGUAGCAGUGGGUUGUUUGGCAAUAACAGUAGCGCUGAUAUAUUACAUGGUCUUGCUAUCUCUUCGAUUGUAAAGAGGCCAUUAUCAGUAACGGUUACCACGCGACGCAUGGAGAGUCAAAACCUUGAAUUGCCUGGCAAAUUUUCCAGAUGUUUGAUUAAACAAGGGUUUCUCUUCGCA